UGAAGGUAUGCAUCAAAAUACACAAAACUACUUUUAGACAGUAGGAUCCUGAGUUAUUUAAAUGCUUUUAUUUUUUUCUUUGCUGUACUUCUAUUUUUCUACACCAAGCAUACAAUAUUUUAAUAGGCAGCAAACCAUCUCACACUGAAAGCAGAAAGUGAGCUCUCGGUGAUCAGGGGACCACACGUCAGUGAAGGACCCACGGAGCGGCCCCUGAGAGGAACAGUCCGUGUGAGGUUGUGGACAGGAUGCUCGCAAUGCGCGGACAUUGCUUUUUUCAGAGAAAUAAAACCUGGACUUGAUAGUAGGCUGGAGGCCGAGUAAAGAGACCAAACACAAAAGCAAAAGAGUCGGGAUAUAAACCAAGAAGGGUCCCAUGGAGGACAGAGCUGCUCUGUGGGGGAUACGCUGAGGCAGCACUUGGGAAGGACACUGAGAGUGGACGGCCUGGGAGAUGCACGUCUGCUGUGUCCCGGGAGCAGCAGCGGCGGCCUCAUGCACAAAUACUGCAUGCUUUCCCAGAGCUCACCUCCACUUCCUAACAUUCGUUUUAUGGUGGAAGAACUUGAGUUCCGUAUUUCCUGCUCGGCCCUCAGUAGCAGCAUUAGUCUCACCUUUUUCAGAUCUGUUCACACUAAUGCGAGAAAAAGGGGAAGUUUAAAAUGCUGACUAGGUGGCGAGUUGUGUCACCGCAUCUCUGUGGUUCAGUCUGGCACACCCUCUCAGACCCACUUAACUGAACGUCAGGCUGAUGAGCAACUGUGCGCGAGCUGAACGCGGACACCUUUACUGCGGUUCUCAGAUCUCCCCGUGGAGGGAGCACUCCCAGGGUUUGAUCAGCAGGUUGAGGUGGGGCUUGAGAACUGGCGUUUUUCCUAAGGUGUCUCUGUUGCCUAGGGGCCACGCGUGCAGAACCCCUGUCGCGCACUCCGGGGACCAGCGGGACGCCACUCCCUGGGAGCGCAUUGCAAAGGCAGCGUGGCGAUCCCAGUUCAGAGCGGAACCCGCACCGACAGGCCCCGCGGGCGGUCUGCACACACGUGCAGUUUGGGAAGCAGAGCUGGGUACGUGGGUUAAGUCAGAAUGAGGUGGAUAGACCGAGCUGGGGUCUGCUGCGUUCCCGCUUCCCGGGUGCUGUCUCACGCUGGUCAGAGCGCUCGGUUCUGUGGCGGUAAAGGCCGCUUAAACCUCCCGCGUCGUUUUCCUCCCUGGGAGAGCCUUUGGGAGAAACCAGCACGUAGGUCCCGGACGCAGCCCAGACGUCCUGAGGGUUAAAAGCUGAAGGAAACCACUCUGCACCUGCGACCAGCUGGGGCGCCCAGGACGCCGCUUCCUCGCUCUCCGACGCGGCGGCUCCUCGCUCCUGCGGCCGGAGAUCUCCGCGCGCCACCUGCUCCGCCGGGCGGGACAGCGCUGGGCCUGGGCGGACCUGGCUGCUUUGCCCCCUGCCCGCGCCUGCCCGAAACUGCUCUCGCCCCCUUUCGCACCUUGUCAGAACCCUAUCAGAUCUCAGCGGAAAAGACGGUGCCAUGUGGUUUCGUUUCAUGGCCGCGUUUUAUCUCGCUCUCUCUCCUCCUUUCUCUUUUUCCCUAAGAGGCUCUGUGUGUUUGGAGGAGAACGACAUAUGAGGACGCUCCAGGUCUCUAACCUCUGAGGACCCGGGAGGUCUUGCAGUCCUGGAAUUUCCUUGGACGGAAAGAGAACUUGGCGCCCUAGUUUUGCCGGUUCGGUUCCUGGUCCUGCCCCUUCAGCGCACACGCACGCGCCGCCCGCCGUCCCUCCCCUUCCAAGAGCCCCGCGCCCGCCCACGUCGGCGCCCGGCACUGUGGCCGCAGGAGGCGACGCCAGGCCUCGCAGUGUCCUGGUCAGCGCUUGGUUGAGACGCUGCGAGUGGAGAGAAACUCAGCAGCGGAGAAUCCGGGUCACCGAGGAUGGGGAAUUACCUCCUGCGAAGACUCGGCUGCCUGAGAGAGAAUCAGAAGCAGCUCAGUACAGGAGACCCAGAUGGGGAAAAGACACGGCAGGAAACGACUGCAUCUGAACGAGAACUUCAGCAUCAACACGUGAAAAGUCAAGAAAUUUCAUCCAGUUCUAAUCAGGACGCCCCGGACGGCAGCUCGGAGGAGGUGUGCUACACGGUCAUCAGCCACAGCCCGCCGCGCACGCCCUCGCGCAGCUCCAGCGACCCGGCCUACGAGAACGUGGGCGCCGGGAGGGGCCCCCGCGUCGCGUCCUGCUCAGCGCCCCGCGCGGACCACAGGCGGCGCCCCACGGCCCUCGGCGUAGACCGGGCAGACGAGCGGCCCGGCCAGCCUCGAGCCCAGCCCCAGCCCCAGCCCUCCCCGGGGACUGCGCGCACCUGCGGUCCCCUGGACCCGGCCCAGCCCGCCUGCGUCGGUCCGGCCAGGCAGCGGACUAGGAAGAAACAGACUAUGCAAAGAAAAAGCUAUGAGCUCACGGAUCAGCAAUGA